GAAGCUCAUUGAAAGCAGCCACUGGUGGAGGCGGGGCUCUGGCCAGUUCCCCUUCCACCUUCCCCCACCCUCCUCUUCCAACCUCUGUUUGGCCCCUUGCUCUGUUCCAGCGUUGCUGCAGCUGUUUCUCAGCCCUUUUCAACACUCCAGCGACCGACCACAAGCUCUUGUUUCCAGGAUGGUGAUCCGUGUAUAUAUUGCAUCUUCUUCUGGCUCUACGGCGAUUAAGAAGAAGCAGCAGGAUGUACUUGGUUUCUUGGAAGCCAACAAAAUAGGAUUUGAAGAAAAAGAUAUUGCAGCUAAUGAAGAGAAUCGGAAGUGGAUGAGAGAAAAUGUACCUGAAGACAGUCGACCAGCCACAGGGUACCCCCUGCCUCCUCAGAUUUUCAAUGAAUCCCAGUACCGUGGGGACUAUGAUGCCUUCUUUGAAGCCCGAGAAAACAAUGCAGUUUAUGCCUUUUUAGGCUUGACAGCACCACCUGGUUCAAAGGAAGCAGAAGCCCAGGCAAAGCAGCAAGCUUGAGUGUUAUGCGUUCUUCCUUCAGCAUCUUGAGAAAUAAUGAAUCUCCAUUGCUUUUAUAAAAACCUUGGCUUCAAAAUAAAUAGGCUAAGCUGUUGAAAUAAUAGACUAGUUGAUAUUCUCGCAUGCAAACAAGCAUAAUUAAAAUGUGAACAUGGUAGUGAGAAAAUGAGAGAUGAAGUUAAAACUUUAAGUAGAUGUCAUAGAAUAGUAUUGUUAUCUGCCAAGAUAUUUUAUGUUCUGUAAGGAUUUUACAAAAAAACAUAUGCUUCUUUUUUGAUACUACUGUGUAGCUUAAGGAUAUCUUCAUUUCAACAUUGAUGAAUUACAAGAGCAGAAAGAGAGCGAAGGAAACUCUUAUUCCAAAAUUGCCUCAUUAAUAUUCAUGAAUAUUGAUGUGAUGUUGCUAAAAUGUAUUUGCAGGUUAUGUUUACGAUGUGUUAGACAUCCUAAUUGCCUGCGGUGAUUGUGACAUUCUCAUUCUUCCAUAGGAGCAAUGUGUAUGCCCUGAACUACAAGCUUUCCUGGCUUCUAAAUGUAACCUUUCAUUGCACAUUCAGUGAUCAAAAUAGUUCACUUCCCACAAGAGGAGCACUGAAUGCAUUCCACCGGCAGACCCCUUGGUUACUUAAACAGUUGUAACAUGGUUAUGCUUCUAAGUUGCUUACCUCAGUAAAAUUAUGGGAUUUUAAGUCAUGGAAAGAAGAUUGUAAUUCAUUUUAAAUUCGCCCUUCUUACAAAGAGCUCAGGCUUUUAAUUAACCAUUAUAUAAUAUCUUGAUCCUUGUUGCUCACAAUUUACUUUUUCCUUUGGUGUUUGCUCAAAGAAGUCUUAGUGGCUGCCUUCUCCUGCUUUAAUAUAGCUGGUGAUCAUGAAUGCCACUGCCUCUUGAUAGCUGAACUUUUUGUUUCAGUUUAGGCAGAUUGUGUCAACAUAUCAGUCCAAGUAGAAAGAAUCACUGGCAUGCUUUCAUUUUGUCAGAAAGAACAAGUAUCAAAGGAAAGGAACAACAUUUGAAAUAGUUUGAAGAUAGACAUGACCCAAAUCACUCAACCAGAAGGUAUUGAUACGGUACCCUUGUACUGUAUUACUUUAGUUUUUGAAAACAAUCACCCUUUACUUCAAAUUAUUAUAUCAUAUCUGCUGUUUGCAAAACUGUACUCUGCAAAAUUUCAUCAUAUAAUGAAGCCAUAGCUUUGUUUACUGAAAUUCAAACUUGAUUUGAUGCUUUAAAAUAAAUGUUUUUAGAAAUUAUGUGUUCCUGGCCUCUAAAUAAUGUUCAGUAAUUUCGAUGAGUUAUUGUCUUUUAUAGUUGGUUAGAAAGGAGAAAAACAAACAAAAGAAAACAAAUAAGCAAAACAAUUUGAAGGCAAUUUCUCAGUUUUUUAGUGACCUGAAUUUUGGUCUAUGUAUUGGAGUCAAAAGUGUUCCCUUUUUUUGUUUUUUUCCUUUUUAUAUUUAAAUUAGAAGCAAGCUUCAUUUACAUGUCAAUCCAAGUUCCCUCACACUCCCCUCCUCCCCAGCUCCCCCACCAAUUUUUACAAAAAAUAUUUUCCAGUGAACUCUGUGGGAAACGGAGUGCUUUUAAUGGAUUCUGGAGUGAGCAGAAUAAUUUUAGCUAUUAUUUUUCCUUAACAUUGCUAAGUGCAGCAGGUGAUAUUCUAUGUGGUCAAUUUAACUUUUGUUUUGUAUUAAAUAAUACUGUUUCAGACAGGUGUUAUUCAAAAGUAAAUGCAUUGGGUGAUGUUUAUACCCAUGGGAUAAUACCCUGAAAUCAAUUUGAAUCUGUAGAUUUAAAAUAAAUUUUGGAUGGAGUCUUCUCCAAUUGAAGCUUUCUGUUUUGUCAACUGAGAAGCAUGCUUGAGAGAUGAAAGAAAAGGAAAUAAAAUUCUGAGGAUUCAGAUGAGUUUUGAAAGAAACUCCACAGUACGUGCCUGCAGAAUGAAAUUCUUAUGCUUUUCAUAUUACGUUCAGCAUAUUUGUGUUUAUAAAUCCAGACUUGGCAAUUUGGUGAUUUCAUAUUGUGGAGCUCAUUUGCCUUUUACAAAUUUUGUUCUUCAGAAAGUUCCAUUUUUACAAAACACUAUAAAGUGUUAAUUGUAUUGAUAAAUGUAAACACUUCCUUGGGAACCUGAGCAUAGGUGAGUAAAGAAUUUUGAAACAAAGAUUGUUUUGAUUGGAAAAGACUAAGUAAAUACAGGGAGUUAGGCGAAAUCAGAUUUCAUUCAUUAUGUAAAAAGGGAAAAAUGCAGAAUUCACAUGGAUUUUUGUUAACCACUUGUUGGUGUUUAAAAUAUACAGAGUUCAUCAUGAAUCCUUGUCUAUGUAACACAGAUCUUCUUUUCUUCUGAUGAAUUCCAAUAAAAACAAUUAAGUGAU